CCUCCACGUGCCCUCUCCCCCAUCCCUCCUAUCCCUUCUCUCCUUGUAUCCUAAGAAAUUGAAAUAGAAAAAAAAAAGAAAAAAAAAAAAAGAGAAAAACUUUAGCGAGGUACUAUGAAUCCAUAAUCCAACUCAGCAAUCUGAGAGCGACUUUCUUGCGUUUCUCCCUCUCUAAUCUCUGCUGCCAACUUGUAAUCUUCCAUCAAUCUCAUAGGAAUUGGAGAUUUCACAGAAACCCAAAAUGGGUAAAUGCCGUAUGGUCUUUUAAAUAAGACACAGAUACAGACAGAGACACGGAGGAUUGAAGAACGGGAACCACCGCCAAGAUUGGUACUUUCUUGUUCUUGAAUUCUUUCCAACUCUCUGGGUUUUCUGGAAGGUGGGCGGGUCGGGUUAAUCGUAGGGCACUCGAGCUUUUUAUUUUCCGGGUAAUUUGAAUCUGGUUCUUUGAUUUGAAUGGAUGUUUGCUUAGAAAGCUCUUGGAUUAGUCUUUAUCCGUGGGGAUAUUAGCAAGGGUUUGUCGGAGGUUUCGAAGUCCAGUGCUUUUUUUUUUUUUUUUUUUUUUUUCGUGCUUUUCAACUGAAGAAUGACGAAAUGUUGGAAGCAAUUUAGGAAUUGAAGGGAAAAAUUGUAGCUUGGCUCUAUCUGUUUGUGUUGAAGGGAAAACAUAUAUUUUGCCGUAUUUGGCAAAAAAGGUAUGGCUUCUGAUCAGAACUCAAUACCCAUUAAUUUGUUAGCGGCGGAUAUGGGUAAAACGGUUCAGGAAGAAUCGCACAUUUCUCCGGCGGCCAUUUCUGGAAAUGGCAAUCCAGGGGGGUUCAUCCCCACCAUUCAGUACUCAGACGCGGAAUUUGUAGGGAUGGGAUUUAACAAUGGUGUGGCUAUGAUGGCCGGGAGGGUCCCACAGCAGGUCAUGCUCCCAACACAGAUGGGUGGUGGGAUUGGAUCGGAUCAUGGGAGUGGUAGAUCACAGAGUGCAUCUGGGCAUGGUACUGAUGAAGGUGGGGAGGAUUCGGUAUCGUCGGGCAAGAAAGUGAAACUUUUGUGUAGUUUUGGGGGGAAAAUAUUGCCCAGGCCAAGUGAUGGGGCACUGAGAUAUGUUGGAGGGCAAACUAGGAUCAUCAGUGUUAGGAGGGAUGUGAGUUUUCCUGAAAUGGUUGGGAAAAUGAUGGAUAUAUAUGGGCAAGAUGUGGUGAUUAAGUACCAGUUACCUGAUGAAGAUCUUGAUGCGCUUGUGUCUGUGUCUUGUCCCGACGAUCUUGAUAACAUGAUGGAUGAGUAUGAAAAGUUGGGUGAGAAAUUGAGUGAUGGUUCAGCAAAAUUGAGGGUGUUUUUGUUUUCACCGUCGGAAGUUGAAGCUGCUGUUGCCUUGCAGUAUGGCACUGUGCCGGAUAAUGGACAGAUGUAUGUUGAGGCAGUGAAUGGAAUCCUAGAGGGAGGUGGUGGUGUAACCAAGUAUACGAGUACCGCUAGUGCUUCUUCCACCCAGAACUCAGAAGCCAGUGGUGGUGAUGCUGUUGAUUUCUCUGGCCUUGGUCAAGGGGUGAUCUCGAGACCACCUUCGAGUGAGACAUUAUCCGGCCCCGCUGCUGCUCAAGGAGCAGCUGCUUCGAGGGUGGUGGAUCCAAAUCCUGCAGUUUAUGUCAAUACUUCUUCUGCUGCUCCUUUGGGCAUUCAUGUUGCUGUGUCGGGCCCUCCCUCGAAUCUAGCUGCUCCUUCUGAGCUUGAAUAUGAAAAAUCGGUGCCUAUUCCUGUACAGCAGCAGCAGCAGCAAAUGGGGUUUGAUUUGCAGCAACCAGGAAUGACUUUUCCGGUGCAUUCAACAUAUGUACCGGAUCAUCACCGGGAAGGCUUUAGCCGUGCAGAUUAUGCACAAUUCCCUUCCCAGAUUGGUUUUCCUCCACAGCUUAGGGCGAAUGUCGGGCCAGUGUAUGCCCAACAGCCCUUAACUGCUGGUACUACACUUCAGCAAUUUGUUCCUGCUGUUCACAUGACAAUGUCGCCCUCUCAUGUCAGUAUGAAUCCUAAUCAUCGGCUUACUCAUCAUCUCGUUCAGCCACAACAAGUUAGAUUUGAACAAUAUCCUCCAGAAAACACACUGGGGGGGCAGAGGAUUGUACAGCUUCCCGGGGACCAAGGAUACGGGACGUAUCAGCCUCAGCUCCAAGUAUUGGGGGGAGGAGCGUAUGGUUGGCAUCAGAUUCCUCACCCUCAGCAGGUAGCGUUUUCUGAAGGGGCAAUGGCUCAUCCUACGCCAAGUGGACAGGAGGCGAUCCCAAGAUUUGAGGGUUGUUAUAUGCGUCAAAAAUCAUUGCCUAAGGCUCAUUCAGAUACAGUAGCACAAGACCAAAGGGACAGCCCCAUGAGCACCACACCUGGCUAUAAAUCAGCUUAUGAAGGUGGCCCUUGGGUGGAUGAUAAGGGUAGGCAUAUGUGCAUGGGUGUCACAACUGGAGCUUCUGAACACCAUGGAGCUGCUGUUGGACCAAGGGUCAUUGGUCAUAUGGAUCAUGAAGUGACUGGGGUCUCGCAGAAUGUUCAGAAUCCAGAGUGUCCAAAAAUAUCUCUCCCUCAGGGUGCAAUAGGAUUAACGAGUGGCAUGCAAUCUCAUUAUGCGCAGUUUAUACCCACUGUUUCUCAAUCGUGUCAAGUCGAUUCUCCCGAGCAGCAUCUGAUUCCAAUGCAGUACCAUGUUAAAGAAGAUGUCGGUGUUAACAAAGCAAUUCCACACGGGAUGCCUUUCCAGAUGCCAGAAUACCUCGUUCAGGAAUCACCAGUUGUACUUCCUAAAGAAGAUAAUAAAGAAUCUAGAACUGCAGUUGACCACAUGAAGCAAGUUGAGAGUAUAAUGGAAAAUCUUCAAAUACACACAGCUGAGACUCAUCCCAACAGUAAGCAGAUUAAGCCAGGAGGCGAUAAUUAUAUGAAGGACAACAUCUUGGAAAACAGAACUCAACGGGUUGGUUGGAAUCAGGCAUUUACAGAUUCAAGUACUGCUCUCGAUGCAAAUCACAUCAAACUGAACGAAAUGCCACCCAGUUCAUCAGCUGAAACUGUGUUCUUGCAAACUUUUCGGGCCCCAGAACUCUGUGCAGUAUCACAGCCUUCUCCUUUGGAGAAAAAACCCGAUUUUGAUGUGCAUUUGAAGCAAGGAGUUGGCCAAUUUGUCCCUGACGAGAUGUCCUUUGAUAACCCUGCUUUCUCCAGUGCUGAAUCAGCAAAUCCAACACCUAAUGUUCCAGUCUCUGACCUUCAACCGAAGCUUAUUCCCGCUGGUAUUGAAGUUCUCUCCCCAGAUGGAAGUUCAACAUCUAUAUCUCCAUCUUCUAUGUAUGGAGCUGCACAGGAAACCUCACCUUCACUAUUUAGCAACCAGGAUCCUUGGAAUAUGCAGCGUGAUAGUCACUUCCCUCCUCCUAAACCUAGCAAACAUCGAGUAAAAAAGGAAACUUUGGGUGUCAAGGAUCAGUCUGACCCUGCACUAUCCAACAAAAGCUCGGAAGAGGAAAUGAUCAAGCAAGAACUUCAGGCUGUUGCUGAGGAGGUAGCUACUUCUGUUCUUCAGUCACCUGUGCCUUCUAAUCCCGACUUUCCCAUAUUUGGUGGGAGCAAGUAUGGAUCUUUAAGUGAGCAUAACAGCGAAGUUCAAAGUUCUGAUGGAGAAACCUUGGACAGAAAUAAAUUCGAGAAAGCAAAACCUAAGUUGCCGGAGAGGAGAGAUUUUGGCUUUCCUGUGUCGGGUGACGUUGGUCGGUUACAGAUUAUAAGAAACAGUGAUCUUGAAGAGUUUCGAGAGUUGGGUUCAGGUACUUUUGGCACAGUUUAUCAUGGAAAGUGGAGAGGAACUGAUGUUGCAAUCAAAAGGAUUAAUGAAAGAUGUUUUGCUGGAAAACCAUCAGAAGAAAAACGUAUGAGGGAUGAUUUCUGGAACGAGGCGAUCAAACUUGCGGACUUGCACCAUCCAAAUGUUGUUGCAUUCUAUGGUGUGGUGCUUGAUGGGCCUGGUGGUUCUGUAGCAACUGUCACAGAGUUUAUGGUUAAUGGUUCUUUGAGAAAUGUUCUGCAGAAAAAUGAGAGGAGCCUUGAUAAGUGGAAGCGUCUUUUGAUAACAAUGGAUGUAGCAUUUGGAAUGGAGUACUUGCAUGGGAGGAAUAUAGUACACUUUGACCUGAAAAGUGAUAAUCUAUUGGUUAAUCUCCGUGAUCCACACCGUCCAAUUUGCAAGGUUGGUGAUUUGGGACUCUCCAAGGUGAAAUGUCAGACGCUAAUCUCAGGUGGCGUGCGAGGAACUCUUCCUUGGAUGGCACCGGAGCUCCUUAAUGGCGGUAGUAACCUUGUCUCCGAGAAGGUUGACGUGUUCUCCUUUGGAAUAGUAAUGUGGGAACUUUUAACUGGAGAAGAACCAUACACAGACUUGCAUUAUGGUGCCAUAAUUGGUGGUAUUGUUAGCAACACAUUGAGGCCACCCGUUCCAGAAUCAUGCGACCCUGAUUGGCGAUCGCUUAUGGAAAGAUGCUGGUCAGCGGAGCCAUCAGAGAGGCCGAACUUCACUGAGAUUGCAAAUGAAUUGCGGGCUAUAGCGUCUAAGCUUCGCUCGAAAGGACCAAACCAGCAACCUCUCCCCACUGCACAUUCCCAAGCUAAGAGUUAAAACAUUAUACUCAGCUAUUGUUUGGUCUUUUUGUUUGAAAGCUGAAUAGAACAUUUAUUGAAUCUAAAAUAUGUAAUUGGAUCCUAAUUUUUUGUUUUUUUAGUGUAAUGAAAAUUAGGAUGUUCUUUAAUCAACUUCCCAAUAUGUUGUGUAUGUCUUUUUUCCUCUC